AGGUGGGAGCGCAGAGACAGAGAGCAGUCAUUGUGCGUGAAGGACCAUGACAGUCCGGAGCGGCAGGAGUUAGAGGAGAAGAAGAAGAAGCAGGAGCAGACUGUAAACAGGACUCUCACCUGCAGCUGAAAGCCACAAAACCUCGCGACGGAAACAUGCUAUGUGACAGAGAUUUGCGCGCGCAUGGUUCACUUGUGCCUUUGCAAACACCUUCAGGGAGUUCACAUGUUCCUGUGCGUCGACGACGAGGCAAUGUUUAGGCGCAGACUACCGGCAGAGCCCCGCGGAGAGUUUGGACGUGUGUUUCGCAGCUUGUCACAUGUAUGAAGACAAAUUACUCAGCACAGAGAAACAGCGACAAGGAGCACCGCGAAUGUAGUCUUCAGAGAGGGGGGAAGCGAAACACUGUACCUGCCAGUGUCUCCCUGCGGUCAUCCUCCUCCUCCUGCGCGCGUGUGUGUGUUUCGGUUUCUCGCAGUGCUGUGUGGGUAAAGUAAGGAGAGGAUGCAGGUGAAGAAGCACCGGGACUCGGACCGGAGCGGCGGGAACAUGCUGGAAGGAGAUGGCCUCCGCAAAAACUCCUCAUGCUUCUCAAAUAUCAAGAUAUUCUUGAUAUCGGAAUGCGCCCUCAUGUUGGCUCAGGGCACCGUCGGAGCAUACCUGGUGAGUGUGCUGACCACCCUGGAGCGGCGGUUCAACCUGCAAAGUGCUGACGUAGGAGUGAUAGCCAGCAGCUUUGAGAUAGGCAACCUGGCUCUGAUCCUGUUUGUCAGCUACUUUGGGGCCAAAGCACAUCGGCCUCGACUUAUCGGUUGUGGGGGCAUCGUCAUGGCGCUCGGCGCCCUUCUCUCAGCUCUGCCUGAGUUUCUAACUAAUCAGUAUGAGAUUGGGGAAAUGUGGAGGACUGAUGCGGGUCGGGAUGUUUGCUCCAAUACCAGCAGCAAGGAAGCUGAGCAGGCUGAAAACGCAGUGUGCAACAACAGGGCCAACACCAACAUGAUGUACCUGCUGCUGAUCGGAGCCCAGGUCCUGCUGGGGAUUGGAGCCACACCAGUGCAGCCCCUGGGGGUGUCCUACAUCGAUGAUCACGUGAAGAAGAAAGACUCAUCUCUCUAUAUAGGGAUCCUCUUUUCUACUCUGGUGUUCGGGCCUGCCUGUGGCUUCAUCCUCGGCUCCCUCUGCACCAAGUUCUAUGUGGACGCUAUCUUCAUCGACACCAAUAGGCUGGGCAUCACUCCAGACGACCCGCGGUGGAUCGGGGCUUGGUGGGCAGGCUUCCUCCUGUGCGGUGCCUUACUCUUUUUCUCAGCUCUCUUCAUGUUUGGCUUCCCUCAGUCGCUGCCGACCAAGGAGAAAGAGGAGGGGGCUGACAGCGAGCAGGUUAUGCUUCCUCCCUCUCUGAGUGCAGACUAUGAGACUCCAAAGCCCAGCAAUGGGGUUGUGCGCAACCACGAGCCUGCCAACAGCCCCACCUGCUGUCAGCAACUCAGGGUGAUCCCCAAGGUGACCAAGCACCUCCUGUCCAACCCAGUGUUCACCUGCAUCAUCCUGGCGGCCUGUAUGGAGAUCGCGGUCGUCGCUGGCUUUGCAGCUUUUCUGGGGAAAUACCUGGAGCAGCAGUUCAACCUCACCACCACCUCAGCGAACCAGCUGUUAGGUAUGACAGCCAUCCCGUGUGCGUGUCUGGGGAUCUUCAUGGGCGGGCUCUUGGUGAAGAAGCUGAACUUGUCGGCGCUGGGAGCCAUCCGCAUGGCCAUGCUGGUCAACCUGAUCUCCACCGCUUGCUACGUUUCCUUCCUGUUCCUGGGCUGCGACACCGGUUCCGUGGCAGGAGUGACGGUCAAAUAUGCCAACGAGACUCUGCGGGUGGGCGAGAAACCAGAAGCUCAGUGCAUCAGUCACUGCAACUGCUUCACCUCCUCCAUCAGCCCUGUGUGCGGCUCCAACGGCGUCACCUACCUCUCCGCCUGCUUGGCCGGCUGCACCGGGUCAGGAAGCUCUCGGACCACGUCGAGCAUCUCCCAGAACCUGACGGGAUGUUCAUGUGUUUCCUCUGAGAGUGAAUUCGCCACAGCCGUUCCGGGUAAAUGUCCCACGCCGGGCUGCCAGGAGGCUUUCCUCAUCUUCCUGUGUGUGAUCUGUGCCUGCAGCCUGGUCGGAGCCAUGGCCCAGACACCCUCCGUUAUCAUCCUGAUCAGGACCGUGAGCCCUGAGCUGAAGUCGUACGCACUUGGAGUGUUGUUUCUUCUGCUUCGACUUCUCGGUUUCAUCCCCCCUCCUCUGAUCUUCGGUGCUGGGAUCGACUCCACCUGCCUUUUCUGGAGUUCAGACUGCGGUGACAGGGGUGCCUGCCUGCUGUACGACAACGUUGCGUACAGGCACCUCUACGUGAGCCUCGCCAUCAUCCUAAAGGGCGUCGCCUUCCUCCUCUACACCACCACGUGGUAUUGCUUACGCAGGAACUACAAGAAGUACAUCAAAAGUCACGAGGGCUUCCUGACGCCGACCGAGUUUUACCCCUCGCUAUCGGACGGCCCCAAACUAGUGGACAGGACACAGUUUAUAUACAACCUCGAGGACCACGAGUUUUGUGAAAACAUGGAGUCAGUUUUAUAGUUUGUUACAGAAGAAAAGGACAAUGUGGACAAAGGAAUAUUUUAUUCUUCUUUUUCUUGAAAGGAUAAAAUGAAACUUUUUUUUUUGAUAAAGGCAAUCUAUUUAACUGCCCGUUCAGGUCACAGGAGAUGCCGCUCUCCACUGUGCUCCACGUCCUCGGUAAACUUUCAAGGGUCCAUUUUAGUCGUUUACGUAUCAGCGAGGUGUCGUCCAUUGUUGCCGGUGAAUUCCCGUGUUGACUCGGUGGUAGAAGACAACUACAGUACUGUCUGGCCUCAGUCCUAGUUGAUUUUUUUUUAGUGAGUGGACAUGAUGCUAUUAUACAACUAGAGUUGCCAUAUUGUUUUUAGGUCUGUCAUGAUUCCAGUGGUGUGUGUGAAAAAUGACAGCUUCCUUUCAGUCAGUGCACCGUGUGUUCUGUCUGUCACUCGCUCAUAAAGGAGAUGUUUAUGAUUAUAUCAAAAAAAAAAAGAAGUUUGGGUGGUUGUUCAGUUAUUCAUAUUUAAAAGUUGCCAAGUGUUUACAAACUAAUAGCUCAUCCGUUCAUGCAUUUUGUUUCAAUGCAGGAAGGUUUCUUUUAAAAAGAGAACAGAAGCACCCUGAGUGGGUCGUCAUAGUGGCCUAUUAGAUGUUUUAUCUGUCAGAAAAAUGGAGUCUAAUAACAUGAAACAAGGUAGUGUUUUCACGUCAUCAUGCACUGUUCAGUUUCUCGUUCUCUUGCUGGAUCACAGGCACUUGUUUUUGAUACUGUUUAGACCAGACUGUGAGGUCUUGUCUCAUACUGUAGGUGCAAAUGUGCAAUUCAUAUUUGAUGCAUCCAUGUUUAUGAUGACUAGUUUGUGUCAGACUGCAGGAUUUGUUUUUUCAUUAUAGCAGUUUGUUUCUUUCCAUGUUUGUUUUUACAUCCGCAGAGUUUAUUCAGCCUAACGCAUCUUAAUAAGGGAUUAUUCAAAUGAGAAUGUUAAUUAUAUUUUCUUUUGACUUUUGCACUUAGCAGAAGUGCAGAGAAGAAUAUAAUAAUUCUAUGUGUUUGGACAUUCGAGUCAAAGAGAUAAGGAGUAAUAUAUUAGUUUCAUUAGGCCCAGAAUGUUUAUUAUAUUGUAUUUGAAAGGACAGCAGUGUAAAUUAUAUAUAAUCUAAAUGUCUGAGAUGUGUGUGCGUGUCUGAUGUCACAGAAGAUUGGGGACAAUUCAUAGCGAUGAAAGUAGUAUGAUACAAUAUUGGAGCAAACAAAAACAAACUAGGCCUGUAUUAUCUGGGGAUAAAAGUUACAGAAACGCUACAGGAGUCUGUGUGUGCGAGGUCAAAGUGAACAACACUGAAUUUAUUCCUGGACACGUAUUUGAAGAACUCUUUAACGCAACUCGGCACAUACUGUACGACCUGUUACUCUACUGAUCUCUCUGCAUUUACAGUUUUGACAUUGUCCCUUUUCUUACACUUUUUGUAUGGCAACAUAUUGUUUAUUUUACUCUGGAAAUAAAUUAUUUUUCAGAAAAUAGA